AUGGCGUUCACCUUUGCGGCCUUCUGCUAUAUGCUCACCCUGGUCCUGUGUGCUGGACUCAUCUUCUUUGUCAUCUGGCAGAUCAUUGCGUUUGAUGAGCUCCGCACAGAUUUCAAAAACCCGAUUGAUCAGAGCAAUCCCACCAGAGCGAGAGAGAGGAUUCUGAACAUUGAAAGAAUUUGCAACCUGCUGCGUCGGCUUGUGGUACCAGAGUACUCCAUCCACGGCCUCUUCUGCCUGAUGUUCAUGUGUGCCGGAGAGUGGGUCACACUUGGCCUAAAUAUCCCUCUGCUCUUCUACCAUCUGUGGAGGUUUUUCCACCGGCCGGCAGACGGCUCCGAGGUCAUGUACGACCCGGUGAGUGUGAUGAACGCAGACAUCCUGAACUACUGCCAGAAAGAAUCCUGGUGUAAGAUGGGCUUCUACCUUGUGUCCUUCUUCUACUAUCUCUACAGGUGA